GAACCGUUUAGGUCGACGACGAGAUAAAAACAACAAAAAAGAGAGGAAAAUAUCUUCUCAAACAAAACCAUAUCAAAAAAAAAAAAAAAGCGUAGGAAGUUGCAGACCGAGAGAGACAGACGAAGAAGAAGAUUUUCAAAGGUUUGAGAAGAUGCAUCCGAUCAUUGCGAUGUUGGCGGCGAGAAUGUUGACCGCCGUCGGAAAAUCUAACGGCUUAGAAAGCGAGACGAUUCCGUUCGGAUCGUUAUGGUGGAGUAUCUACGCCGGCGUCUCUUGUUUCCUCGUCCUCUUCGCCGGAAUCAUGUCCGGUCUCACUUUAGGUCUCAUGUCUCUCGGUAUCGUCGAUCUCGAAAUCCUCCAACGCAGUGGCACUCCAAGGGAGAAGAAACAAGCAGCUGCGAUUUUUCCGGUUGUUCAGAAACAGCAUCAGCUUCUAGUCACAUUGCUUCUCUUCAAUGCUCUUGCAAUGGAGGGCCUUCCUAUUUACUUGGAUAAGAUAUUCAAUGAGUAUGUUGCUAUCAUUCUCUCUGUUACUUUCGUCCUAUUUGUUGGCGAGGUGAUUCCUCAAGCUAUAUGCUCAAGGUAUGGACUUGCAGUGGGAGCUAACUUGAUCUGGCUCGUCCGCAUCUUGAUGACUCUCUCGUACCCGAUAUCUUUUCCUGUUGCAAAGAUGUUGGAUUGUGUGUUGGGACACGGUGACCCUUUGUUUAGGCGGGCUCAGUUAAAGGCUCUUGUGUCAAUUCACGGCGAAGCGGCUGGCAAAGGAGGUGAGCUUACACAUGAUGAGACCACAAUCAUUAGUGGAGCACUUGAUUUGACUGAGAAGACUGCUCGAGAAGCCAUGACACCAAUUGAAUCAAUCUUUUCCUUGGAUGUAAAUUCAAAGCUGGACUGGGAAGCUAUGGAUAAGAUUCAAACACGAGGACACAGCCGUGUUCCUGUCUACUCCGACAAUCCAAAGAAUGUUAUCGGACUUAUCUUGGUGAAGAGUCUACUUACAGUUCGCCCCGAAACAGAUACACUUGUCAGCACAGUUGGUAUACGCCGGAUUCCAAGGGUUCCUGCUGAUAUGCCUUUGUAUGAUAUACUGAAUGAGUUUCAAAAAGGGAGCAGUCACAUGGCUGCAGUUGUGAAUGUUAAGGGAAAAAUCAAAGGCUCUCUCUCAGCUUUGCUUGAAGAAAACACUUUGGAAAGCAAUUCCCCAAGGAAUGACUCCUUAACUGCACCUCUGUUGCUGAAGCGAGAAGGAGACCAGGACAAUGUCAUUGUCGAUAUUGACAAGAUUAGCAGACAGUCUGAUUUACCAAACAACGAGACAGGGAGACACGGGUUCUUGCAUACUUCAGAGGAGAUUGAGGUCGGAGAAGUGAUAGGCAUCAUCACGUUGGAAGAUGUGUUUGAAGAGCUUUUGCAAGAAGAGAUUGUGGAUGAAACUGAUGAGUAUGUAGACGUGCAUAAAAGGAUUCGAGUGGCUACUGUAGCUGCAGUGGCGAUUUCGUCAUUAGCUAGAGCUCCUUCGGGCCGGAGAUUACUUGCCCAAAAGGGAAUUGGAGGACCAAAAACGCCGAAGGCAUCUUCUACUACUACUACUCCCAAACCGGAUAAACCUAUGACCGGUUCUCUUCAGGGGAACAACUAAUGGUUUCAGGUGUUCAGUUUUUUGCUUGAGAUGUGAGAAAUAAGGAAUUUAGAUCAAUUCUUGAGCACAUUCUAGUAACUACAUGUGUAUAAUACAAUACAUGUAGGUCUAAGUUAAUAGUCUACGAACAAACCGGUUUUUUUUUUUUUGUACUCUAGAUCUAUUCAUUUGUAUAUUUUCCUUUUUUUUUUCCUUUUCAUUCUAUCAUUACAAAGCCAGUGUUUACAUAUAAGGUGACUACCAAACAGUCGAUGGUUAGAGCUAGGAUACUUUUGUACGUGUUGGGUCAUUAUUCUUUACAUACAAAACUUCAACUUGUUUUAGAAAUCUUUGUAAAAUUUGAAUGUGGAUCGUGUCAUCAUUAGAGAAACUUUCAUAAUAACAAUGUUCAACAUUGUAUUGGAGCUUUAGUAGUUUUACCUUAAAAAUA